AUGUUCGAAUCACCACCAAAGCCCACCAACCCCCUGGCCUACCACCGCAUCCUUUCAUUGAGUGCUGCCGUCAAGGUAUCACCUCUUUGCCUGGGCGGCAUCAGUAUCGGCGAAUCUUGGAGUGGCCACUUUGGCAGGAACGAAGAUGCUUUCACUUUACUUGAUACAUUCUUUGAGCUCGGCGGAAACUUCAUCGACACCUCCAACGUCUACAACAGCGGCGAAUCUGAGACACUAAUCGGCGAUUGGAUGCAGAAGCGCGAUACUAGAGAUCAAAUGGUCAUUGCAACAAAGUACAGCGCCGGAUAUAUGGGCCACAUGAGAGAGCAGAAACCAAUGCAAGCAAACUAUACUGGAAACAGUGCCAAGUCGAUGUAUGUCUCUGUUCGCGACAGCUUAGCUAAGCUGAAGACUGAGUACAUUGAAAUCCUCUAUGUACACUGGUGGGACUUUGGAACCUCUGUCGAAGAAGUGAUGCGCCAUCUCCACACCCUGGUCAUGGCAAGACAAGUCCUCUACCUCGGCAUCUUGGAUACUCCAGCUUGGAUUGUGGUGAAGGCAAACGCCUUCGCUCGUCAGCAUGGUCUCACACCGUUCUCUGUGUACCAAGGCAAAUGGCAUGCCGGCAUGCGAGACAUGGAGGCCGAGCUCAUCCCCAUGUGCGAAGAUGAGGGAUUGGCAAUUGUGCCCUGGGCAGCGCUGGGACAAGGCCAGCUCUUGACGGAAGCGCAGAGGAAAGAAAGAGCCAACGAUCCGGACGCUCGUCAAGGAUAUCGCGGCAACGAACAAACCAUCAAGGUCUCAGCAGCAUGCGAGGAAAUUGCAAAGCUGAAGAAUACGACCCUACAAGCAGUGGCUCUAGCAUACCUAUUUGCCCAGUCAACAUACGUCUUCCCCAUUGUUGGCGUCCAAACAGUCGAACACGUCAAAGCCAUGCCCGAUGCCCUUCGCAUCACACUUACUCCGGAAGAAAUCGCCAAAAUCCAAGAUGCUGCUCCUUUCGAUCCUCUAUUCCCUAUGAGCUUUCUGUACAACUAUGAUGGCAAGCAGAGAUAUACUACAAAGCUGACACCAGCACACAACAAGCAGUACCAGAUGGCUGCUUGGAUCAAUGCACCACCAAAACAAGGGGGCUUUGACCCGAUUAUAUAG